UGAGGGGGUUGAAAAGGGAAAUUUCCAAAUUUCGUAGAAUUUUACUUUGAUUUUGUUUUGAAGACAUCAGAGUUUCAGUUUCUCACCAUCCAGGAUGAAGCAUUAUUUAAACCACAAGAUGACAGAGACACUCAUCAGAACCACAACACAACACAACCACCAGCUGAGGAACCAGAUCAACAAAGACCAGGACCUCCAACAAACCUACACCGACUCUUACCAUUUAGUACCUGCAGUGACUCAUCUGGAGGAGGAGUCCAGGUCCUGGUCCAGGUCUGGGCUGCUGUGGUUUGGAUCAGACUCGCUGUGGUGUGAUGACUCACACAGGACCAUCUAAAGAACCUCCUGAAAGACCAGGACCAGGACCUGCUGAAGACCAGCUGAUACACCACGACCACUUGAAGAACACCUGAAACAAACAUCAUCAGAUCCAGAACCAUCAGAUCCAGAGCCAUGACACUUCAGUCCUCUUCAGUCCUCCUUGUCCUCUUGCAGUUCUACAGCCUCAAGCUGAUGGUGGCUGCCAUGCCGACCUGUCAGCUGGAAGGAGAUCUGGUCCAGUCGGCCCACCACCUGCUCAGAGACCUGGGGGCAGAUUUUCCUGAACACUGCCUGCCGUACAACGCCAACAUCUCCUUUCCAAGCUCUGCCUUCCCUGCUGCCACAGCCAAUCAUCCUCAGUGCCACAAAUCAUUAUGGGUGGUGCAUGAGUCCCUGCGGGAGGCGGGGCUAGUAUUCCAGGACAAUGACAUACCUGUCGGAGAGGGCGGAGUCACCUGGAACGACCAGAAACUCGAAGACUUCCAGAACUUGCAGUACCGACUGGUGGAGGAAGGGAGCUGUCUGUCCAGUGUCAAUGGUUCAGGUGUUUUGUCGUCUUACUUCAGUAACGUGACGGCAGUUCUUCAAGAGCAGGACAGUGCUGCCUGUGGCUGGAUGGCUCUGAGGAGAGAUCUGCUCUGGGUCUUAAAGUCUGCCCUGCAGAAACACCGCACCUGCUUUACCUGGAGAGGUGUCCACUAAUGACAAUGACCACGCCCCCAACACCAAGGACCACACCUCCAAUGACCAGAACCACACCCCUGAUGGCAUGGUACAUGGUGACCAUGCCCCUUGGCUUGCGUAUAUUUAUUUAUUUAUUUUAUUUAUUAUUUAUUUAUUUAUUUAUAAUUUAACAAUUGUUUGUAUUUUUGUUUAAUUCUCAGUUUUUUAAAUUUUAAAUAAAGCAUCA